AUGGCCACCAACGGAGCACCAAAAGCCCAGCAGGGCUCAGGCCGUCAAUACGACCCCGACUUCACAGCCAAAGUCAUCGGAACAUGCGGUCCCAAAACCAGCCCUCGCAUGAUGCAAAUCUUCUGCGGCCUCGUUCGACACAUCCACGACUUCGCCCGCGAAGUCGACCUCACACCCGAAGAAUGGCUCGCAGGCGUCAAGUUCCUCAACGAGACGGGCAAGAUCUGGGCCGAAUCAGAUGGCAAGCGUAACGAAAUGCACCGCCUCUCCGAUAUUGUCGGUCUCGAAUCUCUCGUUACUGAAAUCGCCAACUACGUCCAGAUGGACGAUCCCAACUACGCUCCCACAUCCGCCGCCAUCCUCGGUCCCUUCUGGUCACCCAAUGCUCCGUGGAGAGAACUCGGCGACUCGAUCAUCCAAGACGAGCCGAAAGAUGGCGUGGUCACAUACAUGCACGGCAUCAUCCGCGACAUGCAGACCCACCAGCCCAUCCCAGACACCACCUUUGACAUGUGGCAAGCAUCUUCGAACGGCAAAUACGACUUCCAAGACCCGGAGAACCAGUCCAACAACAACCUUCGCGGGAAAUUCAAGACCGACGAGAACGGCGAGUACCGUCUCUACUGCCUCCGACCAACCGCCUACUCCCUCCCCACCGAUGGUCCUUCGCACCAACUCCUCACCGCUGUCGACCGCCACCCUAUGCGUCCCGCUCACAUCCACUUGAUGAUCACCAAGGAGGGCUACAAGCCUUGCGUCACGCAAAUCUAUCCGAAAGACGACCCUUGGUUGGAGACCGAUACCGUUUUCGCCGUCAAGGACGAUUUGGUCGUCGACUUUGUUCCGUUGAAAGAGCUGCCGAAGAACAUGCCGGAGAACAAGGGCAAGGGCGGCCCGGCGACGAGGGAGCUGGAGUUGGAUAUUGUAUUGGCGCCGAGUCACACGCAUUUGGUUGCUACACAGCCUGUGGAGCACAGCACUUGA